CUCCUCAGACUGACGAUGGCUGAAGCCCACCUGGGUGGAUUACAGGAUGAGUUUACCUGCUCGGUGUGUCUGGAUACCCUGACUGACCCUGUCACCAUCCCCUGUGGUCACAAUUUCUGUCUGAAGUGCAUUACCGACUGCUGGGAUCAGAGCAAAGAGAACUUCUGUCCGCAGUGUAGAGAGAACUUCAGGACGAGGCCUACUCUGCGAAGAAACACUCUGCUGAAUGAAGUCAUCAAGAAAUUCAAAAAGACAGGACUCAGUUCUCCACCAUCUCAGAAUUAUGCUGGCCCAGGAGACGUGGAGUGUGACUUCUGUACUGGGAAGAAGUUCAGAGCGGUGAUGUCCUGUAUAACCUGCUUGGCCUCUUUCUGUCAGACUCACCUGCAACCUCACUAUGAAAUAGCAGCCUGGAAGGGACACAAGCUGACUGAUCCUAAUAGAAAUCUAAAGGAGAAAGUCUGUGAAAAACAUCAGAAAAGUCUGGAGAUGUUUUGCAGAACCGACAAAAUGUGCAUCUGCAUGAUGUGUGGAAUGACUGAACAUGACGGUCAUGAAAAGGUCGAGCUGAAGACAGAAAGAGAAGGAAAACAGAAACAGCUGGGGGCGACACUGAGGGGAAUUAGGAAAAGACUUGAAGAGAAAGAGAAGAAACUGAGGGAGACGAGGAAGACAGCGGAGGAGAUGAAGCUUUCUGUGCAAAGAGUGAUGGGGGAACAUGAGAAGAGCUUCACUGAUCUGAUUCACUGCAUUGAGGAAACCCACAAGAAACUGACAGAGAGGAUCAGAGAACAAGAAAAGAGAGAAAUGAAGAAGGCUGAAGGAGUCAUGAAGCAACUGGAGAAGGAGAUCGAGGAGCUGAAGAGGAGAGAAGCUGAGCUGAAGGAGCUUUCAGAGACCAAGGACCAUCUCCACUUCCUACAGACUUUCUCAUCUCGCUGUGUCCUUCCUGCUGAUAGAGACUCACUCAACUUCAUGAUCACUGCUGACUUUAGUUCUGAGGACCUGGUAAAGGAGCUUUCAUGUUUGAAAAAGAGUCUGGUGAAGAUCAGCCAGUGGGACAUCAUGACAUGGACUCCACCAGGUCGUGAAGCUUCAAUCUUCACCCUACAGCCUCCUGAACCUCAGAGCAGAGAGGAGUUUUUACAAUACUUCUGUCCCCUCACACUGGACAUCAACACGGCAAACAGAGACCUCCGUCUGUCUGAAGGGAACAAGAAGGUGACAUGUGAGUGGACAGAAGCCAAAUAUCCUGAUCAUCCUGACAGAUUUGACUGCUGGCCCCAAGUUCUGUGCAGAGAGGCUCUGACUGGGACUCGCUGUUACUGGGAGGUGGAGGGCAGUGGAGACUUCAUGAGAAUUGGAGUCGCAUAUAAAGGACUGGACUGGAAAGAAGAGGGCGAGGAGUGCAGCCUUGGAAACAACGACAAGUCCUGGUGUUUGCAGUGGUCUCAUUCCCAGUACUCUGUGUGGCACAAUAACCAGCAGACUGUAAUCAGCGCCCCCUACAGCCCCAGAAUAGGUGUGUAUCUGGACUGGUCUGCUGGCUCUCUGUCAUUUUAUAGCGUCUCACACACAAUGACCCUCCUGCACAGGUUCAACAUCUCCUUCACUGAGCCCCUCUAUCCAGGGUUUUAUGCUGGUCUUCACUGCAGUGUAACAAUCAGCCAUCUGACACCAUGAGAUCACUGACCAGUACCCUCCACCGGUCACUUGAUGUCCCCACAAGCGCAGG